AUGGAUCAAGAUUUCUUUGCCCUUUCGAGUUUGUUACAAUUCGGUAAAGAAGUGACACAUGAAUUGAGAGGAGGACGGAGAUUAUUCGUUCAUGUUCCAUAUUGGGGAAAUAAUGAAAGUAUCAUUAAUUGUAGCGAAGACAAGUCUUUGAGAAAAGAAUAUCCUCUUCUUUCAAUUCAAUAUGUUCUCAAGAAUGGUAGAGAUCAUUCCCAGCAUCAUGAGAGCGUCGAGAACAUUAACGUAAUUGAACUUGGUCGAGGAGAUUCCUGUGUAGUGACAAAUGAACACUUGUCCUUCAUUGGUGACUCUUAUGAUAUUGUAUUUAAGGCGUGUCACUUGAGUAGUGCCACCUUUGUAGAAUUUACCGUGUUGGAUAUGGUUGUUCAGAAUUUUUGA